UUGAGUCACUGUCUCUGCGUGAGAUGGAGACUGGCUUCGGGCUCGUUUGAGAAAUAAGAUGAGAUAAUCAGACUGGCUGGAGAGAUAAACAUCGAAGGUGUCACAAAUAGCGAGCGGCGGGUCUUUAUUUGUGUGGACAAAGGGCCUCCAACAUCACUACGUUGUUCAAAAUGAUGGAAGAAAUCGAUCGAUUCCAAGUCCCCACAGCCCGGUCCGAAAUCCAACCGCUGCAGGAUCCCACAGCUACCUCCAUCUCUGAAGGCGAGUGUGACAUCCGGGAGGGUGAGACUGUGGCAAUGAAUUACAAGCCAUCCCCACUGCAGAUGAAAAUUGAGAAACAAAGAGAGUUGGCCAGGAAGGGGUCAUUGAAGAAUGGCAAUGUUGGAAGCCCCGUCAACCAGCAACCAAAAAAGAAUAAUGUGAUGGCACGGACAAGGUUGGUUGUACCAAAUAAAGGAUAUUCUUCCCUAGAUCAAAGCCCAGAUGAAAAACCUUUGGUUGCUCUGGAUACUGAUAGUGAUGAUGACUUUGAUGUGUCACGGUAUUCUUCAUCAGGCUAUUCUUCAGCUGAGCAGAUUAACCAAGACUUGAAUAUCCAACUCCUGAAGGAUGGAUAUCGGUUAGAUGAAAUUCCAGAUGAUGAAGACUUGGAUCUUAUUCCCCCCAAAUCAGUAAACCCCACCUGCAUGUGUUGCCAAGCCACUUCCACCACCUGCAAUGUUCAAUAAUGUGACUGGCACGUUCCACUGUAAUCGUAAAACUAACAGCCAUUGCUUCCUCCUAUGGUAGGACAUGCACUUUGUGUCCGUGUUUCCAAAAAAAAGCAGACCAUCAUUGUGGCAUUCAUAAGUGGACGUGAAUGCAGUGUUGAAUUUGUGUGUAAUAGAAAGCGACAAUUAAUCCUACUGCUCGGCAGUGGUUGUAUUGUGUAACCCUGAUUUUUUUUUCCCCUGCUUCAGGACAAGGGUGGGGGGAGGGAAGAAAUGGAACAUUGCUUCAAGCAUGAUUCAAAGCUCUGUCUAGAAUGGAAAGCAAAAUCCAACUGUUCUUGAGUCUACUAAAAUUUAGCUGUUUGUUAUUUAAAGAAUAUUACUACUUCCUUACCAUUGUAUUUAGAACCAGAGAUAUCUAACCUAAAACUGGUGGAUUUUUUUUUAAACAAUCACGAUGGCUCUAUUUCAGUAUAAUAGUUGGAGGUUUAUGACUUUAGCAUUAAUAUUUAGAAUUUGAUAACAUUAGCUCUCAUUUGUUGUAGGAGAUUUUGAAAAUUUACUCAAGCAUUUCCAAGGGUAAAACCAAAGCACCCAUUUUUUUAUGGUGCUCUGUUAGUUGCAUACAUGGAUUUUGGACCAUUAUUGUAAACAUUGUCUUAUUUUAAAUCCUCUUUUUCUUAAUAUAUUGAAAAGGUCAAGAUUUCAUUUCUGUAUGUGGGUCACUAAUUGUUGUUUUAUGAAAAAAAAAAUCAUGCAAGUAAGGUGCAUAUAAGACUUUUUUUAGGUUCAGAGGACUUGUAAUGUUACAGAAAGCAUGUGAUCUGUUAAGAGGAAGUUGGAGUGGUGGGCAGGGGGCUGUGCAUAAUACAUCUUUAUGGUGACUAGUUCCAACAGCACCUGCCAAGCCCACAAUCUCUACCUCUUAAAGAGGCAAGGGAUUCAAGUGCAUGGGAACACCAUCAUGUUUACGUCCAAGUCACACACCGUUCUGACUCUGGGAAAAAUAUAUCACUUUUUCUUCAUCACUGGGUCUAAAUCCUGGAACAACAUAUCCAGCAGCAUUGUGGGAGUAUCUUUACCACAAGGACUACAAUAGUUCUUGAAGGUGGCCCAAUAAAACCUUUUCAAGGACAGUUAGGAGUGGGGAAUAAAUGUCCUGUCAGCAUUGCCCAGAUCCCAAAACUGAAUGAAUUUUUAGUGUUUUGGCCUUUCAGUUAAAAUUGUCAAGUCAAAAUCUGUUAUAAGUGAAUAAUUUGUUGCAGGUUUAUUUGUAAAUAUCAAAAAUGGGUAAAGGUGCAAAAGGCAAUGUAUAUAUAGGACUAGUGAAAUCAAGCUGGGAGUAUUUUUAGAAUUCUGUAUGUAAAGGAAAAAUUAAUAAGUUACAGGGAUGGUUGGUUAUAGUAGUAAAAUGACAGUUACCUGAGCUUUUAUCUCUUAGAAUUUUGGGAAUAUUGACUUGAGGAAUCUGCUUUAGAGCCUAUAUUCUGGUUGUUUAUAACCAACAUUUCAUUGAUAAAGUAAACUUGCACUAGACUAGUUAGGUUCUAAUCAUCGCAGAAUAUGUUCCAGGUGAGGAAAAAAUGUAUAACUUAAAGAACUACUUGUCUGCUCUUGAGAAUGGGUUUGCCGGUAGCUUAAUGAGCUGUCAACAUAGUUCAGGUGAUGGAAACCACAUUUAGUUAAAUAAGAUAAGAUUCUGUUAUCAGCUACUUUCAUUACUCAUAUUUAAUUUGACUGGGCACCUCCCUGACAAAAUAAGUAACAAAGCCAAGGGUUGGACAAGUCCAAAUGUUUGUAAUGAAAGCAAAUUAAAAUCUGACCCCACAGGAUGAUCUAAUACCGCUAUUGUGAAAGCAUUAAGACUAUCGUUGAAAAAAAACUUUCUUGAGCUCAAGCAUAAAAGCUAAAGAUUCCUAAUUUUAAGAGUUUACAUAUCACAUUUCUUAAAUGCAAAUAUUUCAAUCAGAAUAAGAAGUUAAAUAUUUGAGCGGAGAAUCUAAUCUAAAGUAUCUCUCAACAAAGGUUCAUGGUUGCUAGCCACUUUAAUGUAUUUAUGUAUAUGUAUUUAAAAAAACUAAGCAUUAAUAUAUUUUAUCCACAUUGCAGAAUUGGAGGAAUAAUGUGCUUCUGCCCAGCUUAGGUGGAUACUAGUGCGAAGAAGAACUCACAAAGUUUAUGUUAACACUAGAAUAAAGAAACUUUGGUACAUUUGAACUAAAGUUUUUAUGGUAUAUGAGCGGAUACAAUUUGUGCAAAUUAAUAGGUAGUUUAGAGAAGUUAUCUGCAUUCUGGUUGUUGUCUCCCAGUGCAUCAAGUGUAGAUUAUUAAUAGAUACCGUUCCCUCACCCCACCUCCCCCUUUCAAGAUAUUUCUGAGAAAUGAAUCAUGCUAAUUGUUGUUUCAAAAUCACAAUGUUGUGUUGUGUAUGUUCUGGUAUGCACGUGUCCUGCGCUAACACUCCAUGCAAACAAACUGACUUGUCUAAAUAACUUGGUCUUUGCCUUCCAAGCUGAUGCUGCUCUUCAUUAAAGCUUCUGGUUAACAGAACACCUUAUUCCGAUAAAUGUGAUCCUGUUGCACUACGAUCAUUUUAAUAUACAAAUGUUCACCAUGUGUUGGAUUUUGGUCUAGUCUUGUGAUCUUAUUGAAGUAUCAAAGAAUGUUUGAGAAGCACUUUUUUUUAUCUUGGCAACAUAAUUUGGGCCACUUCAAAUUAAAGUUGCCUUUUUAAAAAAAAAA